GCAGCACGACGACAAAAAUGGCGGAGCGCUUGCGACGGCUGGGCAUGCUGAGCAGGUCCAUCUUUGGACAGGUGGUGCUGCCACCAAAUGUUCGGUCACCGACUCGGCAUCUGAAGAAAGCGACAAAGGCAGAGGCCAUGAUGCGCUACUACCCGGAGACAGUCAUGCACCAGAACAAACUCCUCACGCGAAUGAUUGCAGCCGGCAUCUACCUAGACGAGAAAAUGAUCUACGAGGGCGAGAAGAAGGUGAUGAACGAGAAGCGCGGCCGCGUGCCAACACGCAAGGGCGAGGGUAAACGUGCCCAGAAGAAGAAGAAGAAGUAAGGAAGCACCACGGUGUUGUGCUGCAGCGUCCCUGAUGAUGCUCCUGACUUUUCGCGUAGCUGAUCCUCAUCACAUGUUCUUGGUUCCGUCGAUUCCUCCUUGUUUUGGUUCUUCCCCUUCCCUUCAACAAUGUACACACGCCGACAAGCGACUCGAUAUUGCCUUCCUCUGUCUCAUGCAAGAGCGAACGCACGCAUGCUCGUCCACCUCGAAGCGAGUCCAAGCCAAAAACACAUGCACACGCAGAGUUCAUUCACGUCAUGG